AUGCUGAUGGCAUGUGGCUUUCACCGGCAUAUCUUCAACUACGAACGCUUGGAGUCCUUGUCCGUUGUCUCUGCCAUUUACCUUUGCGAUCUCUGUCGGCAAGUGGCCAACACCGAUGCCGUGGUGCGGGCCACUCUGCUGGAGGAGAUGAUUUUCUCAGUGUUGACGGAUGCCUGGGUGGUGUAUCUUGAAGAUCCGCGUUUGGCUCCGCACCUGGCGUUGAUGUGUUCAUCCUUCUGUUACCAUGCAGAUUCUCACCAAGAAUUUGUGCUGCAAGGGGGCGUUCGCCUGGUGAUCCAGAUGUACAGCAAGUCCAAGGUGGAGCAUGUGAGGCUCUGCUGCCUGCUGUGCCUGCUAUACCUGGCUGAGUCGGGGUCAUCGCAACGGGCCAUCGCACAGGAGAAGGGUGUGAAGAUGUUGUUGACGGCCUGCGAAAACGAGACCCACAUCGAUCUCAUCGUGAAUGCUCUGAAGGCCUUGAUCCCAUUCGCUUGCUCCGACGAAUUCCGGCCACAGCUGGGGAUGGACGGUGCUUUAGAUACCUUCUCCGCCUUCAUGUUCUCGGAUCAAUUGCAACUGCAGCAGCUGGGGAUCUAUUUGCUGCAAAACUUACUGGAAUUCCGAGAAAAUCGCCGGAUCUUUUUGGGUUUCUCAGAUGAGAAGAAGUGCGAAGAGGACUAUCUUGAGAGCUUGCUGCGCCUAUUACCACGUGUGUCGACUGGACAGCCGCAGCGAAUCAAAUCUAUGAAGAAGACCAAAGAGAAAAAGGAGCCAGAAGUUGUUCUCAGCGAUCACGAUCCCUUUGUUUGCAGGUGCUGCAUCCACUGCAUCGCUUUGUUAAGCCUGGAGCACAACUUGACGAGUUUCCAGCGCCUGGUUGAUCUCACCUUACCGAAACUUCUCUUCGACUUGUUUCACAGCGAGCAGAUCGACAAGUCCAGUGGCGAGGCGGUGGUGCUGUUCUUCGCCAACAUUUUGCAUAGCUCGAAGCAGAUCCAGGCGCAGAUUAUGAAGGGCGCGGACAUCGUGCAACUGCUUCUUUCUGGCCGCGACAUGCUGUUUUCACCUCACACGGUGUCAAGGUGUCUCUCUGCGUUGCUUUGCGUUGCUCGCAUUCCGGACUUCAAACGUGUCGUGCUAAGUCAUCUGGAUUUGCUGAUGGCUGACAUCAAUGCGAACCUGAACAUGGAGGAGCGAGAUGAACAUUUCUAUCAGAUCGCGGCCUUGCAGUGCGCGUUGCUGUCAGAACUGGUGCGUGCCUCCUAUGAAUAUCACGAGCAGAUGGCCAAGUCGGGAAUCGUUGAAGCGCUCUUGGUCUUCAUUACCAUGGCUGGAAAGGAUUUGAACGACAAAGUCUGUGUGGAGCUGUUGAUGGGUGCCGUCUUUGGCAUUGCAGCUUUGGUCGGUUCACCCACUGGUGGAGAGCAUAGCAACUCGGCGGGUAUGGCGAGCCUCAUUUAUCCAGCCACCAGAUUGCAGCUGCUGAUGUCCCUACUUCGUUUGCCGCAAGCAGAUGUGAACGAGGCGUUCCAUUCUGGCACCGUGGGGCUGCGCACCCUGCAGCGGGUGAUCUAUCCGAACAUCACCACUGAGGAGCUCCAUGUGGAUUCCAUGGAUUUCCUGAGCUUUUUGGGAAACUGCGCCAUCAAACCUGCGAACUUCAUCUAUCGGAAUGUGAUCCGAACGGUGUGCCUCUUGUUGUCGCAUCACGAGAUGGGACCCAGGGUUCAGCAAGCCUUGGAGGCCAGUAAUGUGGUUCCAACGUGUUUGUUUGCCAUGAAGGACUGCGAAGACACCUACGUCCAGGUUUAUGGCUUCUUGCUGGUGGCCAAUUUCAGCCGAGACAAGUCCCUGCUGUACAACUUUCUGAACGAGUCCCAAGUCAUCAAUGAACUCCUGACCACCAUCCGCCGUUCUGCAGCACAUGCAAACGCGGCAGAGGUGGUGCCACCGGUGCGCGACACCUUGUCCAGUGUCACGGGGCCGUGGAGCAGCUCAGCCGUGGCGCGGAAUCGUUACAUGUUGGCCAUGUCCGCCCUGACCAAUUUCGCAGAGCGCGUGAAAGAGAAGUUCCGGGGUGAUGAUGGUGAAAUCCCUGUGAACCCAGACAUGAAGGAUGAUGGUGGCCUGGUGAUCUCGAAUCGCAUCACCUUGAACAAACUGACAUCGACGUGUAUGAAAGAGUUGGACACCCUCGGCAUGGAACGAAAGCUGGGGGAAUUGACGCCCACCGAAGAGUUCGUGGCCAUGCUCCGGGUUUUGGUUUGCGCCAACAAUUUCAUGGCGAAGGUGGAACUGGAAGACCCAGGUCGUGGUGGCGAAGUGAAAUUGGAGGCGAUGGAUGUUCGGGAUCAGGCCAUAUCAGGCCACAAAGUUGGCCCCUCGAAGCUGCGCCCCUGGCGGCCCUGGCCCGUCCUCUUUGGCCUGGCCAUGCAGAUCUUCGUGAAGACCCUGACAGGUACGACGAUCACACUGACAGUGCAGCCAGACACGAAGAUCGAUCCAUCUCUGAAUUUCGAUCGCUUUACUCCUUCCGGAAAUCAUGGGAUUACACUUGCCAAGAUCCUUGGUGAAGCUUCACAAGUGGUUGAGGAUGUGGUUUCAGCCGCGGAGAAAAUGGUUGAGUUUUGGAAGAGCUCUGAGGGUCUUGCAGUGAAGCAGUAUGUGGAGGAGAAGGUCAUCAGACAUCCCCGCAAUUCCAGCGGCUCGCCUGAUGGCUUUCAUCGCGUGCGCAUGGACUCGGAUGAAUUGGUGGCCUCCGUAGAUGAGCUGCUGAUCGAAGUCAGCCGAUUUUUCAUUCUGAAGGCUGUGAAUCGCGACACCGCGGCGCCUGCAGCUGCGAAGCCAAAGGCGGUCACCGUCGCCAGUGAUAGUGAAACAGGUGAUGAAGCUCAACUGUCGCAAAGCCUAGUGGAUCACAUGGCUAGCGAUAGUGAGAGCUGCGAUGAAGAAGCAGGAUUGUCGCCGAGCUUGGAAGUGGAGGCACAAACUGGUAAGGCUCAGAGUCAUGAAGGAAUUCAACUAUCGCCCAGCUUGAAAGUGGAUCAGGAAAUGGCCAACGAUGCUGGAACAUGUGAUGAAGAGGCCGCACGGUCGCCGAGCUUGGAAGAGCUUUCGCCCAGCUGGGAAGUGGAUCAGGUUAUGGCUAGUGACACCCCAAAAUGUGAUGAAGAGGCCCCACUGUCAGCGAGCUUGGAAGUGGAUCAGGAGCUGAAAGUGGCAGCAGUGAAGCAAGCUGCAGUGAAGGAAAUGGCCAACGAUGCUGGAACAUGUGAUGAAGAGGCCGCACGGUCGCCGAGCUUGGAAGAGCUUUCGCCCAGCUGGGAAGUGGAUCAGGUUAUGGCUAGUGACACCCCAAAAUGUGAUGAAGAGGCCCCACUGUCAGCGAGCUUGGAAGUGGAUCAGGAGCUGAAAGUGGCAGCAGUGAAGCAAGCUGCAGUGAAGGAAAUGGCCAACGAUGCUGGAACAUGUGAUGAAGAGGCCGCACGGUCGCCGAGCUUGGAAGAGCUUUCGCCCAGCUGGGAAGUGGAUCAGGUUAUGGCUAGUGACACCCCAAAAUGUGAUGAAGAGGCCCCACUGUCAGUGAGCUUGGAAGUGGAUCAGGCACAUACUGGCAAUGUUCAGAGAUGUGAUGAGGGAGCUCAACUGUCGCCCAGCUGGGAAGUGGAUCAAGUAUGGCAUGCCUUGCUGCUCUUUCCACAGAUCUAUUACCAGCUUUGUAUCAGCUUGAGCAAUGAGAUGAUUUGCCAUGAUCCACGAUCUGACGACAAGAAUCAGGCAAAACGCUACAUGCUGACAUUCAAGAAGUACAUCAAGCUGUUUGGCAAAGGGCCGCCUGAUCUGUUCUGGCCACUUCCUGAAGGAUGCAUCUCAGACCCAGAGCUCAUCACGGAUAAGCCCAGCGUGAAAGGAAUGAUUCAAGAAAAAGAAGGCAUACCGGCCUGCCAACAGAACCAUCAGGUCCUACAGCUCCCCACCAUGGCAGCCCCUGCUGAGUCCAGCUAUGUGAAUUUGCUGGGAGAGGAGGCCAAGGCCAAAGAUGCGCUGGCGGGACACUCAGUCCAGCUGCCAGCUGGUGAGUUCCAAAAGAAUGUACAGUCUUUGAGUAUGCUCCACAGCAAGACUCAAGGAAUGCUCGAGGUUGUGAAACUCUCCUUGAAUCAAGGGCAGGCGUCUUCCCUUGUAGCAGCCAUUGUGGAAUGUCUGACUGGUUUGACCUUUCUCAGUCCACUGAGUAUCCGUGCUCCGUUGGUCGCGUACCGCAUUUCUUUGGGAUGCCCAGAGUGGCUCCAGCCAAGUCUCAUGGCGCUCAUUGCAAACGCACUGGCUGAUCCUGCACGAAUCAAGCAGUUUGAAGAGGACGAGCCAGAAUGCAUGCUUCGAGCUCGGUCCGAUCACCUUUUCCCAAUGCUGGCCACAUCCACCCUGGAGAUCCGCCAGAAGGUCUUGGGAGUGACCCUGCAGCUGCUCAAGCGGCGCUGGUCAUCCGCUGGGGUUAGAGCGGUAGCCGAGGAGGCCACUCUUAGUUGUGCUAGGUUCGUGAGGGCCCUGCACAACUUGGACUCGUCAGGGCCCAGCCGUGAACCUCCACCUCGACGUGACGGAGGAGACAGGGAGCACCGAGACCGAGAUCAAGAAGGACGAGCUUCAGAAUAUACGUACGACGAAGAGAGCGAGGAGGAAGCUGAAGAAGAGCCACCUCGCACAGAGGUAAAGAAGGAGGAGCGAGAAGUAAAGGAAAGGCACGAGGAGCCACCGGAAAGCGAAAGCACAGAGGAGGAACUCGGCAUCAACGGCACCGCCGGGAGAGAGAAGAUCCCUUUAGGUCAAGUCAUCGCAGGAGAGGCAGAAUGGCUGGGAGAUUUAGAGGAAGAGGAAGGCCCUCCAGGGUCUUCGCCGGCGGCCAUUGCAGAGUUGCUGGCAAGCCAAGAGAAACCAAAGAAGCCUACUCGUUACAAUGUAGCCGAGGCAGAUUUUUGGAGAACGCGGCAUAUCCCCCCUGGCUCCGUGAUAAGCUUUGUCGACCCGGACCAUCGGGAGUCGGCUCCUCCCCUCUCUGCUGUGCUGGUCACAGAGACCGUGUCGCGGCAGAGCGGGAUGUGGCUUACGGUAAAGAGCCUGGGGGCAGAAACUGCAGAAGAAAAGAAGAAGGUGGAUGGUUAUUUCAAAGGAUCCAGAAAAAAGGUCCACAUCUGUUGUCUGGGUCCAGAUGGAAUCUGUCCCAUGGACGACGAAGAUGCCCUUCACCUACAGAGGUUCCAUUGGUUUCCUCCCGGCGACUUCACGGCGGAGUGGCUUACAGCUGCAGCAAAGAAACUGGUAAAGAAGGGCGCAGAAAAGGAGUUGGAGAGCGGGAGAGACCCACUGUUUCCGACCGAGGAUCGUGGAGCCGAAGAGGUCCCAGGUGGUCCAUCGACCAUCGAACAGAGGCUGAGUGCCCUUCGAGGUCCUGGUCGCAGGGUUUCCUUUGCCGCACACCCCACUGUGGUCUCUGCUUCAAGACAGGCAGAAGGCCGAGAGGCUGCCAAGGAUGGGGCUGGUGGUGGUCACCGUGCCCUCGCUCCUGUGGUGGCGCCUCCAUUGGGGAAGGUAAAGGACGAAGAGCCUCAGUGGAUCUCAGACUCCGAGCAGUCAACGGAGGCUGCCAAGAAGACGAAAAAGAGGAGCUUGGCCAUGACGUUGGCCAAAGCAGCCAAGCUGCGAAAUGCCCAGGAGGAGAAAGAGGAGAAGCGGAAGAAGAGUCGCUCGCGGUCGCCAGGGAAGAAGAAGAAGAAGAAGCGCAAAAAGAAGAGCUCAGACUCGGAGGAGAGCGCAGACUCGGCCGGCCAUUCUUCCUCGAGCGAGACCAGCCUUAUGGCUCCGCUGAAGAAGAGGUCGAGGAAGAGUCCCGGGUCAGUGUACCGCAUGUUAGAGCAGACAGCGGUCGAGCGGCUGAGCGCAGACGGAGUGGUAGAGGAAGGUUACGAGGCGGCAGGGCUGCGAGGGCAAAGGCCAAAGAUGUUGACCUUUUUCCAGCUGGUGCUGAGACCGGCGCUGGAUGCUCGCAGCCGGGAUUGCAAAGAGCUUUCCCUACUGUCGAGGAGCCUCGACCUUCUUCGAGAAGGGCGGCUCGCCGAACUGGCGGACGUUUUAGCGUCACGGCUAAUCGCGGUGGACACCGCUGGCCGCCAGGGAUGGCAUGUCGCACGCCACUUGGAAGUCUAUGGAGAGGAGGAAGAAAACAGCGCGCCUCCCCACGUGCUUCUCGCGGCCCAAAAACAUGCACGUCAGGUCGACAAGGCCGGGGGGAAGGGCUCUUGGAGCCCCGCCGCGGCGCAGUGGAGCUCCUACGAGCAAAGGCCAAAAGGAAAAGGAGGGGAAAGACAAGCCGAGCGACCCGAAGAAGAAGGAAGCAGAGGCAUAGUGCUGGGCAUGCCAGGGACUGUGGCGUCAGUUCCUGGCGGCCCGCGCGCAGAGCCCCAUGGAGUACAAGACGUUGGUAUUACCCAAGGGACUGGUGCUGAGGUUGCGACCUCUUUGUCAUCGCCUGUGGAAGGUGCUAUGGGCACGAAUUCGACGAUUGCAAGCUUUCCUGAAGUUGAGAGCUGCCACACCGGAGAGAGUUCUCGUGCAGCACGGCCCAACUCACGGGCAGAGUGGCUGCUGAGGCUCACUGAGGUUUCAAAUCUUAUUGAACUCGGUGGAAAGUUGGCAUGGGGGCUUCGAGCUGGUUUCCUUUCCCUGGAAAGCGACCGUGCUAGACCCACACGGGGGGCCACUUCAAGUAGGGGCUCCCUGUUUCCCCUGCCUAUUCUUUUCCCUGAGGGAGAGCUCUGGAUGGACUCUGGCGGAGGGCCGUUGAGUCUGACAGAAGCAGCUGUACAGUGCUGGGUAGCGGUUGGCUGUGCGGCCAUGAACUCUCUCUAUGGACACCCUAAAGGGGGUAUGCAGCGAAAACCGGGAAAAAUGCAUGAGGUGGUGCUGGAUAGCCUGCGUGCGAAAGUGCGUAGGUUUUUAGAAGGGGAAGACGCGGGGGCUCUUGACGAAGAUCUCCAGGCUUUGGCUAUGAAUGCUUGGACCAGCGCUGGUAUCCUGACAGCAGAAGACAAGCAGGUGCUGGGUAGUACCUCAGCGGUGGAACUUGGAGUGCGUUUGGAUGGUCGGCGGGGGUUGCUGGGCGCUUCGCCCGAGCGACUCCUCAAGACCAUUUUUGCAACGCUGUACUUGCUGGGGAAGCAGCUCUGGAGCAGGAAGGAGACCCAGAUUGUGCUCGGCCGAUGGGUCUUCAUCCUCCAGUUCCGUCGAGCGGCCAUGGGGAUGCUCUCAAAGAGCUGGCAGGUGAUCGAAAGCCCUUGGCCUUCCAAGCCGAAGCUUCAGGUGUUACAAAGGGAGUUGAUGGGGCUGAUCUGUCUAGGCCCGUUGCUGCAAGCAGACUUGAUGGCGACCUACGACGGUCAGGUGGUGUCACGCUCCGCCUGGCCCGAUAUGAUCGAGCUGCAUGACGUUGAGCUGAUCGACCUGAAGGAGAUUGAACGAUGGGCAGGCCUUUUUCCUCACGUGGUAGAAGUGCACAUGUUCGCAGGCUUCCCAUGCGUGCACUUGUCGUCCGCAAGGGCAUUCAGACAAAACCUUGAAGGUGAAGGCUCUAGGCUCUUUUGGAAGUUGCUUGAAGUCAUCCAGUGGGUGCAGCAGGUCUUCUCUGUCCAGGCCAAGGUCAAGUGGUGCGUGGAAAACGUGGCCUCCAUGGACGAGGCUGCGCGGCAGACUAUUUCCUCGGAGCUCGAGGUGUCGCCGAUCAAGCUUGAUCCGAGCGAUGUCCUGCCCUAUAGUCGACCAAGGUUUGCAUGGAGUUCAGAAACACUGUUUGAAAUGGAAGGGUUGCAGCUUUGGACGGAAAAGGAAUACGUGCGGGCUUACAUGUCCGGGCCAGGUGUGGAGACUCAUCAGUGGAUCCGCCCUGGCUGGACUUGGGAAGCUCAUCAGGGAGCUUGCUUCCCCACUUUCAUGAAAAGUAUAAAGCGGUCUCGGCCGCCUCCCGCACCGGCAGGCUUGGAGCGGACAUCGCAACAGACUCAAGAGAGAUGGCGGCUGGACCAGUUCCGCUAUCCGCCAUAUCAAUACAAGGAGCAAUUUUUGCUGCACCAGGCUGGCAAGGAGCCGCGCUUGCUGGACUCCAGUGAGAGGGAAAUCCUCUUGGGGUUCGGCGCUGGCCACACCAGCACUUGCAUGAGUGCAUCGGAAGCGAAAAAGAACUGGCGGGAUUACGAGGAUGCCCGCUGUUCGUUAUGUGGCGACAGCUUCUCGAUCCCAUCAUUCGCCGUCAUGGCAAGUCAGAUGGCAUGCGAGCUUGCCCCCAGGAUGCCACCGGCUAAGAUCAUUGCACGGCUUGGGCUGGCACCAGGCUGUUCUGCCCACCCGUCGGUGGAUGUUCCUAUGUCGAGGCUGCUCUCCUAUGGUGGCGACGCCGACAGGCCCUACAUGCUGGAAGAGCUCACACGGCACCUUGGCUUAAGUGUUAACCAUACGGGUUGUGAUGUCAGGAUCACCACAGGUGCCGUUUUGGGGAACAAGCCUGCUGCCCAUGCCUCGGCUCGAGCGUGGUGGUGGCAGUGGAAACACCUCUUUAAAGUGCGCUGGCUUUUCAAAUCUCACAUUAACUAUUUGGAGAUGAAAAUGCACUUGCCGCGCAUUGUGCUGGCUGCCAAGACAAGGGAGGGUCGCCAAAGACAAAGGAAAGGAGUGCGACUCCGUGACUUUACUAUCACAAAGAAGACCAGGUUGCGCUAUGAGGCUGCAGUUGGGCGAAUAUUACCCUUCCUUGAGGCCCAGCACAAUUUACAAGAUAUGGAUGGUGUGGUCAGUGACUUUAUGGAGUUACAGUGGAGCCGAGGCGAAACGGUGGGCUGGAUUGCAGAUGUGCUAUCCGGGCUCCACUUCUACUGGCCCGAGCUGCGUGGGAUGCUUAGGCACUCAUGGCGGCUCUUCAGGCAGUGGCGCAAGGUUGAGGCUCCUCAACAAGCCCCGCCAAUGACGGUGUGGAUUGUCAAGGCGGUGGUUGCCCGUGCCGUGGAGCGGCAUGAGCUGGCCUUUGGAGCCCUGGUGGCUCUGGGCUUCCACUGCCUUCUCCGCACUGGCGAGCUGCUCGCCCUUCAGUUCAAGGACCUUGAACUGUCUACAUCUACAGGAGUUAUUACUCUGUAUUCAAGCAAAUCUGGCUUGCGGACAGGCACUGAGGAAGCUGUCGCAGUGCGCGAUCCGCUGGUCCUGAAUUUGCUCAGGACCCUGGCCAGCGUAUCGAUGUUCAGUCGGGGACAGAAGCUCUGGGAAUUCUCUGCCCAGUGCUUCCGGCAAAAGUUCUCCGACUAUAUGCGCUUCUUUCGCAUCAGUCAUCUCAGUAUGAAACCUUACUCCCUGAGAAGGGGAGGAGCAACAUACCUCCUUCAGGAGGGGCUUCCCUUGGAUGUGAUAUUAGUGAGAGGAAGAUGGAGAAGUUUGAAUGUUGCGCGUCUCUAUUUACAGGAUGGUCUGGCGCAAAUCCCGCGUCUGCGGGUGGACCCGCUGGAGAUGAUGAACUCUUUGCAGAUGCCUCAGUUGGGUUCAGCACUUGAGCACGUUGCUGAGCGUUUUUUUCACUGCCAGGAAUUCAUCGUCAACUCGGGGGUCUUCCGCAUUUGCAAGCGGGCCUUCCUCCGAGACGUACUGCGCCACUGUGCCGUGCUGUUCCACCGGGUGAAGCUGAAGUCGGAGGAGCCUGUGAAGGAUGAGGACAAGUUCGACUACUACGAGGUGGUCUUUGAACCGGACGAUGCUCCACCGCUGGGGUUGAGGAUCGGUUGGGAGUUGCCACCCCAACUCGCAAAGGUGCUGCCCAACAGCCGCGCUGCACGCGUGGGCACCGAACUUCGGCCCGGCGAUGAGUUGGUGGAGGUGAACGGCACCGAUGUGACGGAAUUGGAGCAAGGUGACAUCGAGCCCAUGUUCGAAGCAAGACCCCUGAAGCUGCUCUUCCGUCGCCGACCCGAGCCUUCCAAGGAGCCCUUGGAGGAGAAGCAGGAGGAAGGCAUGAGGACGGUGGGCAACAUCCGGAUUGAAGCGGUCAGCAAGGUCCAGGCCUACGGCGAUCCAGCGCAAUACCUGGAAUGUUUCAAUCUGGCUGUGUUGGUGAUCCACAACUUGGCAGUGCAUGCCGGGAACCUGGAGCUGUUGCACAGCGAGCCGCGGAUUCUGCGGGUUCUGCUGGAGGUGAUGCCUGCAGAUGCCACAUCGCCUUCACUGCGGCGGCUGAUCUUCUCGACCCUGACAUGUUUAUGUCAGGAACGAGCGGUUUCAGGUCGCAUCUUCCAUGCGAUGGCAGAGUACUUCCAGAAUUGUCAGAAGACGGAUGCAUCCCUUCACAAAUACAUCAUGUGUUGUGCAAACUUGUACUACACCAGCAUGUCCAGAGAAGAGGUGAAGCCUGAUCGAAGCAUGCUCAUGUUUGUGAGUCGCAUGUCCGCAGAGGAGGACGCCAUGGUGGCCAGGAGGGCCUUGAUCGAGAUCCUGCAUGGCAUGUCCCAGGCUCCAAGCGAACUUCGCCGGAAGUUCUUAUCACGUGAGAUUAUGGUCUUGGCCUGUAGCUACAUGGAGAAUCCCAUUCCGGAGAUCCAGAUCCGGGCCUUUGAAUCGAUGUAUUUCUGCACGCUGGGCGCCUGUGCCCCCGAACUCUGGUCCGACCUGGACAUCUUGGCGCGCAUGGUGCGGGCAGCCGGACAAGCACAGAGCGUGGCGGAGGAGAACAGUGCAGAUGUGCUGCUGAGAAAACAUGCAGAUGCCUUGUGGGAGAUCUCCCUGCGAGCACUCCACCACUGUCUGCAGUAUGAGGUGGGCAGAACUGUCGACUGUGUUGGUGCAUCAGAUGAGGAUACCCGCUUCUUGGGUCGAAUUCUGGGGCGGUCUGAAGUGACACCUGGUCACAUAUUGGUGGACUGGAAGGGCUGGCAGAGCAGGGCGCUGGAUUUCUUCCGGGCCCAUCCAGCGGUGGCCGCUGCGGCGCUGACGCGCUCUGAGCGCCUGGUCAUCAAGGGCGCCAAGGAGGCCUUUGCGGUGGUGCACUAUAAGGCUGCCACUCAGGUCCGGGACCUGGGUGGCCAGCCGUGCACCCACUGCGGCGAGUGGACUGGGUGCUACUGCGAGGGGUGCACCGGAGUACCGACCGCAGUGUGCACCACGUGCGACCAGGAGAAGCUCCUCUGCCACUCCUGCCUGGAGGCAGGGCAUCUCUACGCUGAUGUCGAGCGGGUCGGCCAGGAGGGACUCAUCGAAGUCACCGGGUUUCACGAUGAGCGGGGCCAGUUCAUCCGCCUCGACGCCCCCGUGCAGAUCCCAGCAGGUGAAGUGCCGCGGAACCGAGACGGUACCUUCAACGUCGAGGAGCUCAUGGCCUUCAUCCAAUGUGGACAACGGCCAGGACGACAGCAUGGACCCCAGCCUUGUGCGAGUCCUGGGCGAGAGCUGGAAGCUCUUACGGGGCAGAAGAUGGAGGCUCAAGGGGCCAUGAAAGUGGCGGUGGCAUGGACCAAUGCCAGGCGAUGCAGCUUGCAAGCCACAGAGGUGCCUGAUGGCCCACCGUCCAACAAGGUCCGGAAGCUUACACCGUCUGGCCUUCAGGCGCCUUUGCAUGCACCGAUGGUGACGCAUGCUGCUACAGUGGACGCCUUCGCGAGGGAGGACGCCAUGAAGCAGGCGAAGUUGGACCAGCUUUUUGUCCUAGUGGUUGAAAACGUGGUGGACCUGGCUGAGCUGCAGAUGACUCCAGCCAAGCUGGCGGACCCCAUGGCUCGUCAAGCCUUCAAGAACACCCUCAUGACAGGGGCCUCCAGGCUCUCUGGGCAGAGACUGGGGGCCCUAUCCUCGGCAUUGAAGAGAUGGCUGAAGUACUGCGCUGCCCAUGCCCAUGACGCGCGACAGCCUGGCCCAUUGGUCAUUGCCGACUUCUUGAGGGAGGUAUCUUCAGGUGGACCUACUGCAGCCGCCAGCAUGCAUGCUUCGCUGCGUUGGUUCGCCGACAACUUUGGAGCGGCCUUCAGCAUGGAGCACUGGGCGGUGAAGCACUACCGAUUCCAUGCCGUCCACCAUACUGGCAAACAAGCACCUGAACUUGAACCCUGGGAGUUCAUCAACUUGGCCAUCCUUAUGACCCGUGUGCAGGGUUCUCACAAGGUUUUGGUGGCCUUCAUCCUGAUGGUGGCGACGGGCUGCAUUCGUUUCGAACAUGUGCAGAGAUCCCACCUGGUGCGACUUCAUGGUGCUUGGGUGGAAUUUGAAUGCUCGCAGGGCAAAGCGAGAAAGCAAGGAGCUCGCCCUGGGUACCACUGGGGAGUCCCACAGGUGACGAUGAAUGGACAGCACAUGACAAAGGUGCUGCAAGAGUUCUUCACCCACGAGUUCAACCAGGAUCACAAGUUCCUCCUGCCAGCGCUUGCCCUCGAAGCCGAGGAUCUCUGGGAGAUCACAGAGGCGACGCCGUUCAUCACCAACAAGCCGAUGUCCCGGGCACGCUUUUUAGAAGUGAUGCGGGGUGCCCUGGUGCAGGUGGGUGUUGACUUUGCCCAAGCCCAAGCUGCAACGUUCAACAAGCUCAGGCGUUUCAUGCCGACGAUGGCGAAUGUGAUGGAGCUGCCAGACUUGGACCUUCAGUCCAUUGGCAACUGGACUGAGCUCCCUGCAGGAGGUGGCCGGGACCCCUCUGCAAGGAAGCCCCGAGGGGUCUUGCCAAUGGGUGUCCACUAUGCUGGCUCCAAAGUGCUUCGGUCGCUCCAAGUCAAGCAGCGUUGUGUCGACCGCCUGCUGGCCUUGUACCAUCGCAAGCGACCCGAGCUCGCCAUGACAGAGCAGGGAUACCUGUGUCGAGACGCCUGGCAAUGGGCGGAAGUAGCAGCUCUCCAUCAGAGCUUGCCUGAAGAGUUGACGCCGCUGGCCCAGACUGCUACCUUGGGCGCAAUCGAAGUCGACCCUGGUGGUCUGGAUGGCGUGGAGAAGCCUGAGACGGAGCAGGCAGUUGAGUUGCCCCUGAAAGCCACAGCAUCUUCGAGCUCAGAGGCUUCGACCGACGAGUCCAGUUCUGCUUCGGAUGAAUCUGCUGACGCCCAGGACUUGUGCGGCGUACUGGCAGACAGCAGCGCCCCAGAGGACCUUAGCUGGCUCCGGCAGGGCAAGAAGGUGCACCUCGUUCGAGAAGAAGUGGAAGGCCGUGCAGUUCCGUGGUGCCGUGACUUUGCCUUCAGGCAGGACCCAGCCGAGCGUGGACGGGGCUUCACGUUGACGCCGAGGGCUGUUGAUGUGCUUGUUACCACUAGCAAUUUUGUGGCCCGAGCUCCGACGUUCACCAUGUCGCGCAUUGACGUGCACCAGCACGACAAAGGGCUUGCAGCAUGUUGGGCUGGGGCGAACCUCAAGCCUGACUGGACGGCCGCCUACACGAAGGUCCACCAGGUUCUGACCUUGGAUGACUUCAUUUACAUGGUCAAGGCCAGCGACUGGGAGCAGUCACUGGGUGACUUGCUGUCCCAAGUCCCUGAAUUGAAGGACAACCGCAUAGCGGAAGCGCGGUUCAAGAGCGCUUAUGAAGCAGGCCAACAGGCCCUUAAGCAUGCGGCUCAAUCGGCCCCGAAAACUGAGGACCUUGAUGAGGCUCUCCCUGACAGCACAGUGCAGCAGUUGAACACGGAUUGGACGCGUCGAUACAAUUUGCAGUUUGACUCCGUGCUUGAGCCCUCCGAGCAGCUUCGAGCCCGCGUCUAUCGUGAGUUCAAGAAGGGCACCAUGACGGUCGUUGACAUGAAAAAGGUUCGGUCGGUGCUCACCAUGGCCCAACCGAAGCACAGUGACUCGAUCGCUUUGCCUGGUGGUCUGCAACUGCAGCUGGAGAAGGAGGUCUCUGUGAGCCUCCGCUCAGUGACAGACUACUACUUUGCCAUGCGUGUUUUGGCUCAUGCGUGGGCCUGGGCCGGGAACUAUUUGGUGCAGGUGGACAAACAGAGCGUCCUCUUCAUGGAUCUGUCCUGCGCCUUGCACUACUGCGACAGGGCCCUCAAGGACACCAUGGAAUUCGGUGGAGGCAGCCCGCUUUGGUUGCAACGCAACGACUCCCUGACCAGGGGAAAAAUGGCCACUUACAUCAGGCGUGGCCAGCCUGGGCAAUGGGCUUUGGACAGCGCCUUGCGUGAUACGCACCUUGAAUGGAGGUCGCCUGCCGUGCAGCCCUUAGCCGAGGUUCCUGAGUCAAAGCAGAGCAAGAGGCCCCCUGAACCACCGGCGCCGACCACUGACCGGAAGAGACAGGUCAAGGGCGACUCCUUUCGCACGGUGAGCCAAGUCAAAGGAGGCCAAAAGAUCUGCAAACCUUGGAACGAUGGCAGAGGAUGCACUGACCCGAAGUGCCAAGCCUUGCACUGCUGCGAUGUGCGCAUGGAUGACAAGCCCCUUGCUGAGUCCUGGGAGCCGCAUCGAACAGUUUUGUUGCAUGAUGAGCCGGGGACAACCUCGGCAGUUUUGCCGGCUGAGCUGAGCCAGCGCUUGCAUGGGGCUAAGCCAGUCACUUGGCGUGGUCGGGGCGAUUUGGCCCAGGUGCCCUGGACCUCGCCACCUCGCGGCACUUGGCUGGUCCUGGACUUGUGGGCCGGAUACUCAGGUUUGUGUGUGGCUUUGUUGCAGCUGGGCAUGCACUUCUUUGCAGCGGCAGCCGAGUGUGAUGCCGAUGCCCGCCGAGUAGCUCAUGAGAACAUGCCCAACAUUGUCCAUGUGGAGCGGGUUGAAGCCCUCACGGCCCAAGCCUUUCAGCCAUACGUGGCGCGACUUCGAGACGAAUUUUUAGCCCUCCCCGAGAUGGGGGAUCGAGAGCUUGUGGUGUUCUUGGAAAACGUUGGCAGCAUGCCUUCAGAUGUCAGGAGGGCUUACAGCUCAUGGCUUGGUGGCGACCCUAUCUUGAUUGAUAGCGCUACUUGUGGUUGGGUGCAACGCCGUCGCCUGUACUGGUUGGUUUCUACGAGCAGAUCCAUCGCCCCGUGCCUCGCACCGCCGUCUUGUUGGGACUGGGUCCCACAAGAUAGUGGAGUGCCUUCAUUGGCCUAUGUGGGCGAGAAACCGCUCCCCAACAAAUGCUUCUUUCACCAGGGCUUUGGACCUUUGCUGGACCCCAAGACAGUGGUCAAAUCUGGGGGCUCGGGCGCGAUGCAUCCUUUCACGAGGGAAUUCUUCCAUCCCACUGACCGGACGGCGAGUUCGUCAGCUGCAGCGGUGGAACGCUUCCUCUCAGAUGCCCGGCAGUUUCCUCCCUCGGCGUACGAGGAGCGUAGUUUUGAUUCUGUACCUGGUGACGCACCAUUGAAACGACAGCGACAGAACAGCCUUAUUGGCAAUGGAUUUCAUGUCUUCUCUGUGCUGGCCGUCCUGUGCUUCCUCCCUCAGUUGCUCGAGGCUAAGGUCGUGCCACACUUGAUGUCCGCUGAUGAAUUGUCCCUCCAUGAACGAGUACAGCACACGGUCUGGGAGCCCGGCCGCUUACGGCACUUUCCCCAGCUGGUGUCGGCUUCUGAUGUUGCAAACGAGCUACCAGGCCUGUUUCCACACUGUGUGUUGUCUCCAGGCCUCGUCGCCGACGUUAUGAGGAGAUUGGAGCACUGUGAGCUAACCGAGCUCCAAGGUUACAUGGCAUGGUGCAAGAUCCGAGGCCUGCCGGUGGAUGACAUGGGCCCACAGCACAUGACUCGGAUGGAUCGGGCCAGAGUUUACAGUGGCCUGACUGGCCAGCGGCAUGCGGCCGAUUCAUCCAAAGGUUUGGAUCACCUUUUGGCACCUGGCCUGGGCAAGCUGGGUCACAUGGAAGCCUCCUCCCAGCUGCCCUCGCCCUUUCGACCGACCGAUUGGCCCGAGCAGGACGUGAUGUUUGUGGUCGAUGCUCUUUGUGUCUGGCGCCAGUAUCUCCCAGCAUAUGCCAGGCGCUUGCGACAGGUGUUGAAGUCCGUCGCUCUGGCUCUCAGUCCUGUCGAGGAUGCGCUCGCCCAGUGGCGCUCUGAGAGCGCUCGCCGGGUCGCAGCGACGAAACGCCCUGCCUUCAUCGCGGCGAUGACCAUCUUGCUGCGCUGGCCCGACUUGACUCAAGGCCAGUGUUUGGUGACUGGUUACCCUAUUGUGGGGGAGAUCGAACCAUCUGGCCUAUUCCGGCCUAUCGCAGCUAAGGAAGUCGAGCCGCUGGACAAAUGGCUUGUGGAUGCUGGAGCCAUUGUGGAUGCGUUGGUGCAGAGCAGGCCCCCUCGGCAUGCUGCGGACAUCCUUGAGCAGACCCUGGCAGAACAGCAGAAGGGAUUCUGUUCUCCCUUAUACACGCGAGCUGCCAUGGACCGCAUGUUCGGCCCGAAUGCCUGGAGGCCGUUGGAACGUUUUCAGAUCGUUCAGGCUGACAACAAGAAGAGGAUGAUUGACAAUGGCAGGCGUACUCACCACAACGCCCAUACAAGUAUGCAGGAGACUAUCUUCACUGUCAGCAUUGACUUUGUGGCUGCCGUGGCCGCCUCCUUGUGCAAGCGCCUCACAACACAUACCUCCACCGGCACCGUGCCAGAUUGGCUCCGACUCCGUUUGGGGACUGAUGACCUGCCUGACGCUUACAGGGGCCUACCAGUGUGCGAGCCGCACCAGCGAUUCUCCAUCGUGGCCAUCUUAGUCCCGGACUGUGGAUGGAGGUUUACAGUGCUCUGGGGCCUUGCAUUUGGCCUUGAGAGUGCGGUCGUCUCUUUCAACCGCUUCCCUCAACUUGGCAUCGCCAUAGCCAGGCGCUGUGUGCUCAGUAUGGGGGCAGCCUAUUUCGACGAUGAGCUUGCCUUGGAAGCUGUUGCAGACGCUGAUGUUUCUCAGGUUGGCCUACGGCUCGUGUUCCAACUUAUGGGUGCCCCUCCUCAGCCGGAGAAAGGCUUCAAACCGACACCCAAUCGCCAUUACUUGGGCACCUCCGUUCACACAGGUGAUGUCAAUGAUCGAGGUGUGGUUCGAGUGCAACCCAAAGCCACUACUGUCAGCAAGGUCUUAGCCAGAUUAGAUCAAAUUUUGAGUUCUGGCCAGCUUUCGCGCGAUGAUGCUGGCAAACUUCGGGGCGACGUCACCUGGCUGUUCACUAUGUGUUCAGGCCAUCUAGGCAAGCUUGCUGGUCCGGCACUGACUGCCCACCAAUUCGGUGACAGCUCGCUUCUCCAACCUGAUGAGCGACGCCAGCUUGAAGUUCUUCGUUUGGCAGUGCUUCGUUCCAAGCCCCGUGACAUUCCAGUUCACAUUCAAUGUGCCCAGGUGACCCGCGUCUAUUCUGAUGCGUCUUUCGAGGAAGGUGUCCUCCGGUUGGGCUGGGUCAUUUUCCCUCCGACCUCAGUGCCGGUGGGUGGAACCAGUGUUGUUCCCCCAUCGGUUAUUGCCCACUGGAAGCCACGGACUCAGCAGAUUUAUCCAGGAGAGACGUUAGCAGCUGUGGUGGUCCCAGCGCUGUGUCCCACAGUUCUCUGCAAUGCAGAUGUCCGGUGGUUCUUUGACAACGAAUCCGCUGUCAGCGCUUUGAUCCGCGCUUCUACGGCCGAACCCGAUGUCCUGAUCCUGGUCCAGCAGGCUCACCUUCAGUUCAAUGACCUUCGCAUGAGGACCUGGAUUGAAUGGAUCGACUCGGCCUCCAAUCCCGCUGACGGCUUGUCGAGGCUCGGGUUGUUAGAUGAAUGGACUGCCACGCAACCGUGGCACGUCCAAGAGUUUUCUUUCCCUCUUCUUAGCGAUCCGGCCACGUUCUUAGCCCAGUUAGCUGCGCCGAUAGGUGGCAAUUUCCUUGGGGCAUUUCCUAAGGAUUUGGAUCGUUACUUGAUGGAGCUGUUGGUGGAUGGCCGCAAACCUCCGGAGCUCCACAAGGUGGCAGCAGACCUCAUUGCAGGGCUGUUGCAGUCCUCCAUCUCAGGAAACUUGUGGACGCGUUGGCGAGGGUUGGGCGUCGGUGAACGUCUAGUGGGAUGGUUCAAGGUCCAUGGGAAGAAGUUCUUAGAGUCGGACAUGGAUGAAGCGACCAGGAGGUCGGCAGCGGAUUCGCUGGAUGCCAUGCUGCACAUGGUGCUCUUUGCAGUGGAGGUGGAUUCAUCCAUGGUGGUAGCGCUCGUGGCUGAAGACGUGCUGGGAUGCAUUGCACACAGAUUGGAGGAGUUGAGUGCCAGCUACAAGCGAUGGAACGACUUGGCGGGUGGCCACAAACUCACCGAGGACUUGGAAGCCGAGAGGGCUUGGCAGAUGCGCAGCAGUGAAGAUUUGCCGCCCUUACCACCUGGUCAACAUCGGCCCUCAGCAGAUGAAGUGGCUCGAGCUGAUGCAUCGUUUAGGAUCAUCGCGCAGCUGCUCACAGCCUUGGUUGCCAAUGAACACGGCCUGUCUGCGGGGGACCCAAUGGGUGAGACAUGCUGGGGAUCUGUGGGUCAAAAGCCUGGUGAACAGGCCAUGAGCGCUUUGCACCUGAAGGCCCCUCUGGUGGCGUUGUUGGAGCUGCCCACCGCCACCUUGCGUGUCCCGGUGAUGCUGGUGCUGUGUGCUAUGGCCUCCAACCAGGCCAGUUGCCAAGUCUUGAUGAAAAGUCAGCAGUUCUUGGGCGUGUUGCGGCGGAUGGAGAAGAAGCUCGGAACGGUGGGAGAAGCACCGCCAGUGAAGGAGGAGGUGGAAUACCUGGUUUGCAUCUUGGAUCGAAGCUGUUGCCAUCCGGAACUGGCGAAAAUCGCCCAGGAGCAGCUCUUCCGGUUGCUGUGCGUCUUGCCGUCGAGGGCCGAAACCUUGGCCUCUCGACUCAUGGCCUUGCGAGCCCUGAGUCGAUGUUCCUUGGUGGCGCCGCAGUGCAUGAACGAAUUUGGCAUUGAAGGCGUUGCCUGCUUGCAGUACAUCAUGGCUGUGUCAAGUUGCUUGAGUCUGGGUGGUUCGGAAACGGCGGAGAAGGCUGCCGUGCGUCGUCGCUUGAUCCAAGAGGUCAAGGAGUCCUUAGCUACCCAUCCUCCGCUGGCACCGUUGGUGGAACACUUCUCUCGGACGAUCCUCUGCCAGGCCGUGUCUGUGUCCCGCACUUGUUGUCAUGGCGCCUAUGAGCAGUUGGAUCUGCUGGGAAUGCUGAAGGAUCUACAGGACUCCUUCGAGGAUGCAGUCAGCAGCUUUGACGCCUUGGUCUUAUCCUCAGCGAUUCCAUGCGACGUCCCAGGAAAGAUGGUUGGUAGCUGGGAGGGCAACAAGUUGGAAACCACGGCGGCUGAGCUGAUGAACAAGUUGGUUGCCCUGCUCCAUGUGCUGCUGUGUACCAUGUUCCGACAUGGCCGACCACCUCAUGCCUACACCAAGGAUCCAGAAGAAGCGAAGGAAAAGGCCAAUGGAGGUUUCAAAGAAAGUGAGGUGAAAUCUGCUGUGGACGGACUGAUGCAGGUCCUGGAUAAGGUGCAAGCGAUGUUGUUGCUGGGUGGCCAUACCAUGGACAAGAAGGGAAAAUCCACCUUCCUGGCCAACUUGUUGGCAUCCGACAUCCGCGUCUUGUUUUACCUGACCGCCCUGCUGCGAGAAGCUUCCUGCAAGCCGUUGGAGUCCCCCUUCCUUCGUGUCACGCGCUCCACCGCGUAUUUUGAAGUCUUGAACGCUUGCAUUAACCUGGCACUGAAGCGCUUUCAGAGGGAAAGCAAAGGGCCGCCUCCAAGAGAUCUUUGUGCCAAGAAAGGAGGGCCUACGGACAGUCCACUGACGCAACACAUGGAUGACUUUGAUCUGGGUCUCAUAUUUGAGCACUUGAUCGUCUGCUUGCGGCACACUCUGGUGCAGGCCAUGUAUGUAGCACCAGAGGUGAGCACGAAGCUCCUACCAUGGGCAUGGAUCUCACAGGAGCGUCUUCCGAUGCAUCAAGAGGUGAUGAAUUGGCUUCCGCAGAUUGUGAAACGUUACAAGGAGACCUCUGCGAUCCGCACAGAGACGCUACGCUACUUCGCCUGUGCAGCCAGCUAUGAGUGCGCGCCCUUCGCACGGCCUUCUGAUGCUUCCUUGGAAUUUGAAGAAGAAGAGAAGACAGAGAUGCGAGUGGAGACGCCGCCAGAUUCCGCUCCCGGAAUCCCUGGUGCAGAUGUUGGACCAGCAGCUUCCGAUGGGGAUGCAGAUUCAGUGAUCGGUGUGGACGGUGGUCGUGGUCAAGUUCCGGACACCGUGGAGGACCUGGCUGCCCGGGAGCCGGAAGUGGAUGGAAUGGCAGAACCUUCCGGCACCUUGCCUACCGAAAGUUCGUCCAUGGAGCCCUCCAUUGAUCCCUCCAUCCGAAACUUGGCACGGAAAAAAAACCGGCGGGGCUUAUGGAUGGGGCGACCCGAGUCUCCCAUGACCAGUUGA